AUGGAUUCUAUUUAUUCUUCUGCAAAUGCAAUUGUUAGUCGAGCACAGCCUAGUUUAGACGGUGGAAUUAUUACAUUUAUUCUUAAUAAUCUUGUACAUUUGCCUACACCGGAUUCAUCGUCACCGUCGUCGUCUAAUCAAACUACUACUACAUCGGAUUCCGAAGUAACUAUUACCCAUCAUAUAUUAUCAACUUAUUCACGUACUGGUUAUGCCCUAGGAAUUGUAUGCGCUGUAUUAUGGAGUAUUAUAUUAAUUAUUAUUGCUUGUUCAACAUGUCGUCGACGUAAACAUAUUAAAAAGCAUUCAGAAACUUUAAUAUAUCUUGCACCUACAGAUAAUCAUGUACUGAAUACAUCACGACAAACUAUUAACACUGGUUCAUUAACACAUCAUUCAUCAAAAUCAACAUUUUAUCGUACACGUGAACGUUUACAAUCUAGUUGGAUAUGUUUAGCUAUACAAUUUGCACUGUUAACUCUCCUAGCUAUUUUAUUAGGUACAGCUGUUAUCCUUGGCUUUACUGCCUCUGGUCAAUUGCAUACAAAUUUAAUUACAACACCAAUACAUGAAGAGUCUGUAGGCCGUUUAUUAACUAUUGGUGAGUUGGAUAUUACAAAUCCGGAUAAAAGACAUAUCUUUCCACGUCUGUUACGUGGUUUAGCUCAGAUCAGAGCAUAUAUUAGUGAAUUUGUACCACAGACAAAAAUUGACAUAGAACCAAUUGUUAAAGAAUUGAUUCAAGCCACAGAGAAGAUGCAAGAUCGUAUGACAAAUGAAUUCAAUGCCAUCUUAUUUAAUGAUAUCGGUGUUACAGAAGCUUUCCAGUUGGGUGAUAUUCUCGGUGGACAUGUUGUCACACUGAUUAAUAAGUAUACAGCAAUUGUAGAAUCGAAUAAAGAGUUUAAGAAUAUAUUUGAUCGUCUCAAAGUUGAAUUUCAAUCAUGGCUACGACUAGUGAAUGCAGAUAGUCCACAGAAUGAUUAUAAUUGUGUUGACCAGUGUAGUGUUCUUCGAUCAACUUUCAUGAAUAAUGUCUCUGUUCGACCAGAUUCAUUUAUGCCAGAAAUUAAUUUUGCUAUCGCUUUAAAAUUUUUGACAACUGAUCGAAAUCAAACUGCAGAGAGUAUUCAAGCCCAAUUGAAUCAUGGGAAAGAGUUAGCCAAUCAACAAUUAGAGAGAACUAAAAGUAUGAUGGCUGAAAAAAUCAAUAUUCCUGAAUCGAUAAGAAAUAUGACCAAUAAACAAUGGGAUCAAAUUGGUUCACAGUUAUCCGAUGUUCUUUCGAGAAUUGAUCAAAUUUUCAUUAUGAUCACUAGAUCAAUUUCACCGAAAGUCUCUUCUGCAUCUAGUCUCUUUUUAACAUUGAAUUUAAUUUUUUGGUUCUCAAUUCUAUUGAUCACAAUCGGAUUGAUUUGGUUAAUUAUUCGUUAUCAUUUUGUUCCAGCUGAGCUUGGCUUACAAGCACGGAAUCGAGUACGUCUGGGGGCUAGUGUGGGUUAUUUUAUUCUAGCGAUAAGUAUUAUACUAGCCUGUUUAUUCUACCUAAUCGGUGGUUAUCUCUACACUGAAGGCUGUCGUUAUAUCAAUCCAGAACAGAAUAUGAUCAAUGUAACCGAUUAUGAUCCAACUCAUCAGAAUUAUAUUCAAAAGACAAUGCUUCCAGUUGAUGCGCAUAUCAAUGCAUUUAUUAAUCGUAAUUGGCCAGCUAUUGUAUCAAUUUCCAGUCAACUGUCAUCAAUGCCUGUUCCGCAUAUACGUAGUCCAAUCUAUGGGAUAUUACAUAAUUGUCGUGAUAAUCAAGGUAUUUUACAAGCUAUGGAUAGUAUUAAAGAUUUUGAUAUGAAAGCAUUAAAUGAUCCACAAAUGUCUGAAAGAUUUGUCAACCUUGGUAAAGAGAUUAUGAUCAAUUCAUUGGAAUCAAUCAACGUUGAUGAAAUGUUCCCUAAAGAGACCGAUGAUAAUUUAGCUAUGGCAUCACGUUUAGAUGAUUUUAUUGUAAAUUAUGAAGAGGUACGUUUACAAUUGCCUAAAUAUUAUUUAAGUAUUCAAUCACCAACUGAUGAAGCGGGCAAUUUUACUUUGUGGUCAGUAGAUGAUAUGUGGAAAGCUUGGGAAAUGUAUUACACAGAUAUAUUGAGUUAUCGAUUGUCAGUGGAACAAAUGAACAAGUUGAAUUCAGCUACAGAGAAAGUUAGACGUACUCUUAUCCAAUUGGAUAGUAUUAUCAAAGAUAUUGAUGAGAAUUUAAUUGUUCUGUCUAGCUUAAAAAAGAGUGCUCCACUUGUUAUGAAACUUCAAAAUAGACUAAUUGAUUUAAAAGCCAUAAUGAAUAAUAAAACACAUUUAAUCCAUCGAGCUGUUCAAUUGUUCGAUGAAAAUAUUAAGGCGAAAACGCCCGAGGAGGCGAUGAAUCUAAUUGUGGAGUAUGGGCCGAAGAUUAUGUCGAAAGUUGGUCAAUGCCGCCGGGUAUACAGUGCUGUUGAUGAUGUGAACAAUGCUGUUUGUAAUGGAUUUGUAAGUGUGCUAAACGGAUUCUGGUUUUUAAUGGGUUGGGUUACACUAAUCGGUACAUUGAUUAUUACAUUCAGUCUGUUAUUAUUAAUGCAUAAACCACAAUUUAAUCAGGCCAGUGAUAAAGCCUAUCGACGGAAUAUUAUGAAUCGGAAAGCGAUCAAGUCGAAUACUACAACGGCGACAACAGUUACCGAGAAUUGUUGUAGUCAUCCUAGUGAAUUAGAAGCAUUGACUACUUCACAUUCGCCUGUUAUCAAGUCAAAUCCUUCAGAAGUAUGA